CUGAGAAUGAUGGAUGCGGUUGGCAGCAAAUCUCCGCUCUCGGCUAUUCAACCGGGGGCUUCCCUGCUUGAUACAGCCGGGAUCGAUCGCUAUGAAGAUGGAAUAGACGCAUCCUAAAUACACCCGAAGCAUUUUUUUCCUUAUCCUCCUGGAUGUCCGACUGCCGCGUUGUUCUCUGCAGCAUUGGUCCCCGGCAAGGUGUACAAGCUGGUGAUUAUAACCAUCUACCUAUCACCGAAUAAACAGAGGAGAAGAAGAGAGGCAAAAAAAUGAGAAACCAUGUCUUCCUCAAAACCAGCGAAUGAUGGCGCCGCGCUCCCGUGUUACAAAAUAGCAGCUAUACGUGGGGACGGCAUUGGGCCUGAGGUGAUAGAAGCUGGUAACUAUCAAAGUGCUGAAGAAACUAACCGCGUGGCUUGGAUACUUUUGAACUGGCCUUCGAGAACUUUGAGUGGAGCAGUGCGUAUUACAAGAAACACGGCAGAUAUCUCUCCCAUUUCAUCUUCUACCUUCCUCUGGUUCUCGUUUGUGAACACUCCAGACGUACCAGAUCAUAUCUCCCUCUAAGGUCUUCGACUAGCAAUAUGCCAACCAGGGUCUUUCACGGCAUCCAAUCGCCGCUCCAUCUCGACUGGGUGAUCGUCCGUGAGAACUCUGAAGGGGAGUAUGCGGGUCACGGUGGGCGCAGCUACGCCGGCAAGCCGUGGGAGGUAGCCACGGAUAUAUCCAUCUUUACCCGCCAUGGCGUGGAACGGAUCAUGAAAUUUGCAUUUGAGGCUGCGCGGAGUCGGGCGAAGAAGCACAUCACUGUCGCCACGAAGAGCAACGCGCAGAGAAAUGGGUUGGUGGUGUGGGAUGAAAUUGCGGCGGCGGAGGUCGCAGCGCAAUUUCCCGAUGUGACGUGUGAUAAGAUGCUGGUGGACGCCAUGACGGCGAGAGUGGUGCUGACUCCUGAGAGUUUGGAUACCAUUGUUCCGACCAAUUUGCACGCCGGUAUCCUGUCCGAUCUUGCAUCAGCUCUUGCAGGAUCAAUUGGCAUCGCUCCCACGAGUAACCUUGAUCCCACGCGCGAGAACCCAUCCAUGUUCGAGCCGGUUCAUGGGUCCGCUUUCGAUAUAGCCGGAAAGGAUCUUGCCAAUCCCAUAGCUACUUUUUGGACAGUAGCUGAAAUGCUCUCUUGGCUGGGACAAAAAGGAGCUGCGGCUGAGCUGCUAGAGUGCGUGGAAUCCGUCUGCAAGUAGGGGAUUGUGGCAGUGGAUUUGGGUGGCAACAACAGCACAGCUCGGAGUCAGUACCUAAACUGUCUAAGUGCUUUUUUAUUUACUCCGGUUCCUAGAAGGGAGAGGGUUUGAUAUGAGGAUAACAAAGGACGAGGGGUUUGUAGAACAAACAACGUGCGAGUUUUCAAGGGUAUUUGACAAAGGAAGUAUUCGUUCACGAAACACGAAUUUGGUCCCAGCCAUUGCCCUGGUCAGAACUGACUACUGAUGUUGAUGUAUAUGGUAUAUUUCCACAAUUGAAGAUAGAAAAUCCACUCCUGCUCAGCUGAGACCUUGAGCCAGUUCUAGAGAAGAAAAAAAUAAAAAAAAA